AUGCUCGACAAUUGGGCCCUGUCUGCGGGGGGAACAUCGCCGAGCUCGCAGAGGUCUUCGGCAGCUACUAGCCAGAACGCAGCGAACUCGAGGGAACGCUCGCUAGGCCCCGGAAUCCGCUGGUCGGGCAGCAACGCUAGCAACGGCGGCAGUCGAAGCUGGCACGCCAGCGACGUGGAAAACACUAGAAAAAAAAAGCGUGUACAUGUAGCUAGUCGAGCUGAAAAAAGUUACGCCGGAUACACAAAUCGUUUGAGGCCGAAACUGUGGCCACUGUCGAAGUGA